AUGGGCAAAGAACAAGAUCUCUUAGAUCACAUCCAGGGACUCGACAGCGAGCGUUAUGACUCGUUGAAGGGCAAUCCAGAAAAAGUCAUUGAGGCCAUUGAGGAGUACCUGAACACUAAAGGCGUGGGUUUCAUGACCAUUGGGCUCCAUAAGGGUCAAUUGAUCAUUGACGAGAUGAGAAAGGCUUCUCCUGCUAUUAUGAUCGAGUUGGGCUGUUAUGUCGGCUACUCGGCUAUUCUUUUUGGCAAUGAGCUUAGGAAGCUUAAUGCUGGUACGGCCAAAUCAGCACUUAACCCAAAGUACUAUUCAUUCGAGGCUAACGAGGAUUUUGCAAAGAUUGCACAAACUUUGAUCGAUUUAGCAGGUCUUGGUGAUUUUGUGGAGAUUAUUCUUGGCGAGGCUGGAACCACUCUUCCUGAAUUCGAACAACGUCUCAAUAGGGAGAAUAAGACUUAUACCCCUGUGGAUUUCGUCUUCAUUGACCACUGGAAGGACCUUUACGUGCCUGACUUGCGUGUCUUGGAAUCACUCGGUUUGGUUUACCCUGGAACGGUCAUUUGUGCCGAUAACAUCUACCGCCCAGGUGCUCCCGACUAUGUGGUUUACGUCCAAGCAACUCCUCAGGACAGACAAAAACAUAACGAUAACAAUCCUAACCCUAGCGGUGCCAAUUACCCUGGCAGAUGGAACCUUAUCUAUGACCUGAAAACAGUUCCUGUGACCGAUCCAGACAGUGGAUCCAAGGAUGCCGUGGAGAUCACCUACUGCGUUGAGUAUCUUUCCGGAUAA